GGACGGACUUCAAGUGAGAGAGGGAGGAAUCUAAAAAGGGGGAAAGUGUUGGAAAAGAACGGGGAGACAGGAGAGUGGGCACAGGCACAGAGAGGGAGGGAGUCAGGGAAAGAAGAGAGCACGGGAAAGAGACCGAGAGGGCAAAAAAAAAGGAGGAAAAGGAGCUCAGCUCAGCAAAUAGCAGGCAGGCUCUCAGUUGCCCAGUAGCAUUCCUCCUUAAGUUUCAGUUCUUUCUGCCAGGAAAGAGAAGAGAAGAAAAGAGGUCUCCCCAGAAAAGAGGGUUCUCUGGUUACCUAGACCAGUAGCUUCUCUGGGAGAAGAGAAAGUCCGAAAACCGAAGAGUUGCCACAGCCGGAGGAAGAUGGAUUCUGACUCGGGAGAGCAGAGCGAGGGAGAACUGUCACCAGGUCAGGAGAGUUUUAACUCACGCUCGUUGGCCUUGCAGGCCCAGAAGAAGAUCCUGAGCAAGAUGGCGACUAUGGCUGUGGCCAACAUGCUAACGGACGACACCAGCAGUGAGAUUCUGGACGAGCUGUACAAGGCGAGUCGGGAGUUUACCAAGAGCAAGAAGGAGGCCCACAAAAUCAUCAAGGACGUCAUCAAGAUAGCCCUCAAGAUUGGCAUCCUCUACCGCAAUCAUCAGUUCAGCCCGGACGACCUCGACACUGUCGAACGUUUCAAGAAAAAGAUGAACCAGGCGGCCAUGACCGCUGUCAGUUUCCACGAGGUCGAGUAUACCUUUGACCGGAAUAUUCUCUCUGAGCUGCUUCUAGAGUGCAGGGACCUGCUGCACGCGCUGGUCGAGCAGCACCUGACGGCGCGGUCGCAUGCGCGCAUCGACCACGUCUUUAACCAUUUCGCCAACGGGCAGUUCCUGUCAGAGCUGUACGGGGACAGAGACGAGUGCAGACUCUACCUCAGGAAGAUCUGCCAUGGAAUCAACAAACUGCUGGACGAAGGAACACUUUAACCUUCUAAGUUUCACCUCAUUUUCCCCCGUAUGCCUCCUCAUAUGUUCUCUUUGUAUGUGCCCUAUACCCUUUCGAGAUCGAAGCACCCAUUGCUCCUCGUGUUUCCAAUUUCGGUUGCUUUCCCCCUCCUCCAUUUUCUAUUGCAUUUUUUCCAGAUACUUUUUCUUCCCUGGAUUUUUCUAACUAGCUUAAUGGCUUUGAUAAACACUUCUAUAGGACAGACAGCGCCAUGGCUCUGUGAGGAGUCUCGCCCAGACAGCUCGAGGUCUGCGUGGACCCAUGGGAUGAGAAACUGUACCAAUUUCCACACACGCUGUUUAGAGAGCUUCAGCUGCAUCAGUCUAGCAUGCGUAGUGACUCAACCAUUCAAGCCCUGCAUAGAUGGUUCAGAACGGUACGAAAGAUCGAUGGGCGUGAUGCUUUACAUCUGAGUUCGAUGUUUUAAUGACCGUGCAUUGAAUUCAAUCAAGAGUAGGAAAACCUUUUUUUUCUGUUUUUGUUGCAACUAUCGUGAUCUAAUGAUCACGAAAUGACGUCAAUGAUUUUAGCAUGUAGUUUACUGGACACACUAUGGGCCAAAAAAGGAAGACAAUGCUUUGUAAAUACACAUAGUAGAUAUCUCUUUAUCUCUAACCCUACCUUUUGUUUGUUGCCCUUUGUGUGGGUGUGAUGGUGUUAUUCAAAUGUGAUACCCAUCAGUAUCAAACCCAGGCCCACGCGGUCACUUUCUUUUUGCCAAAUAUGUAAAUGCACGACCUUUCAGCACUUGUCAAAUGCCUUCAUGUCAACUUUGUUUCCUUUGGUGUUGUUGAUUACACGUUACUUUUAUACCCCAGCUAUUAUAAAGCUGCCUUUCUCAACUCGACAUAAUCAGGACUUUCAUGCAACCAAUGUCUUGCAGAGCUAUGUUUGGAAAGCCAAUUAACUCGAAUUUUACAGGAUCUCCAAAAGCUCGUUGGAAUCUGUCUUUCAAUGAUUAUUUGAAACAUCAUACAUUCUGUAAACUCUGUAGUUUGGUGUUGAUAAACAUUGUCAUUGUGUAUGUGUUUGUGUGUCAGUGUGCAUGUGCAUUUGUGUGUGUGUGUGUGUCUGUGUACAACACAAACUAUGACAUCUGUACGUGUCUGUAUCCUCUUUACCGGUAUUUUAUUAAAUUCUCUAAAAACCUGUCUAAUCUUA